AUGAUCACUGUUAGGAAGCAUCUAGUUGAUAAACUUAGGCAUGUAUUCGCGAUGCUCAAUAGGCUUGAGGGUGUUUCAGAACCUGACACACUUCUGAAACAAGGGGAAGACACUGAGAAGCCAUCUACAAAAGAACACCAGAAACCUGCUGGAACUUCUGGUGAAGCUGAAAAGGCAAAGGGAUCUGAUCCGAAGGUUAAUGUAGCUUCAGGAUCAAAGGGAAAGGAAAAGAUCAUUGAUGAUGAUGAUGAUGAUGAAGACGAAGAAGACAAGAGUGUGAAUCUCAAAUGGAAAGCUCGUGAUGAAGUUCUCGACGAAACUUGUGAAUCGCAAGAGAGGCUGACACACGUGAAAAAGAGCUUUGUGAUGCCCAGGCUGCUCUAG